AAACGUCGGAAUUUUCCAAAUUUUAUUUAAACAAGAAAGAGUUUUGGUCAGAGCUGUAUUCAGUCUGUUCUGUUUAUGAUAAUAUUUACACUUUAAAUAGAAAGAAAAUUUUUAUAAAAAUGUCCGAAUCAACUGAUAUAAAUAUAACCAAUUCGCAAUCACAUCUGAUUGAAGUUCAUCAUGUUGGUGUAACGGCCAAAUUGCAAUCUCCAUUGAAGAACUUUCUGCCUAUGCCGCGACAGAGUACAUCCAGUGAUUCGGAAAUUUUUCCGGCUCAAGCGAAAAUGACGAAUUAUCACGUAUUCGAAAACGAGGGUGAAUUGGGUGAAAGGAGUACGGAAUGCACCACAGUUUCCAGUAAUUCUCAGCAUGUUCUCUACGAGAUGCAGGCUCAUGCUGCCCCCAAGGAACGUCCAUUUAAAUGUCAGCCACAUCGCAUAGAAUUUCAACGUUAUCACAGGAAGAAGCUGCCACAUAUGAUUAUACCGCCGAGAAGAAAAUCGCAUAGCAAACUCAAGUCGAACAAGGCAUCGGAGAAGGUAGCCUCAGGACAAACAGCUGGCUACUGGGCACGUCUGGUGGCUACCUUGGACAACAUGUGCAAAUGCACUCCACCCAAAACAAAAGGCCAUAUGAAUAUCAUCGAUGAUCUGCCCGAACCGCAUUGGAAUAAAAAGGAGGCAGUGCGUCACACUUGCAUUGGCAUUUAUCCCUUUGAGCAUGGCUGUGCCGACUAUUUAAGCACCACCGAUACACACCCAAAAAUCAAUUCCAUUAUAAUUGCCGAUCGGGCAACAACCUAUGCCACUCAUUUCUGGGCCGAACUCUUUGGUCUGCUACACAUUGGAGUUGCCUUUAUUGUGGCCUUUAUAUUGCAAUUCUAUCGCUUUAUAUUAUAUUCUUUGGUCAAUUCUUUAAUUGUCGGACUGCUGCAUAUGACGUCGGACUAUAUGAUAAAACCGAUACUGACAGUGAUCUUUAAUGGUUAUCUGCAGCCACCGAUGAUAUUCCUUUAUAAUAUUCUAUGCUCCAUGCGCGAUAUAUUGGAACCAGUGGCGGAGACUUUGAAUAACUUCAUGAAACCAUUGGCCACUGUGGGCGGAAGUCUUCGUCUGAUUAAUGUCAAUUACCGCCAAGAGAAAGGACAUUCCAACAAAGUUUGACUUAUGUCACACACUUAUUAUUAAUCUCAAAUAUCUGAAUUCUUUUUAAGUUGUUAUUUAAUUAACUGAUUUCUGUUCUUGUUUCUGUUUCAAAUUUCAAAUUUUGACCUUUUCAAUAAAAUUCCAACUUGCC